CACAAUUUAGGAUUGAAUCCAUGUUUUAUAUUAUGAAGGGAUAUGUAAUGCGAGAGGACAAUUUUAUUCACACUGACGUCGCGUCACGUUUCACAGCCCGCUAGCAACAUAAGGCGUCGGUCCCUGUCCCCUUGAAGAUGAGCGCUGCAAGUAGCCGCGCAAGUGUCGGCAAUGGUGUCCAGGUGCUGAGCAGUGAGAUGACCAAGGAACUCACGGAGCAAGGGAAGGAUUUGCUGCUGGGGGCAUUGAGCGGUGGCGGUGGACCUGACGGGGCAGCGCAUCACCUGUCCUUGCCGGCGCCCGUGGUGUCCACAAAGUCCGCGAACACGUCUCCAAUCCGUGAAGACGGGAUUGAGAGUGGUGCCUCGUCGGAAACGUCUCGGUCGCUGCCGUCGUCGUCGAAGGGAGCGAGUCGACCUCCCCCGCCGACGCACGAAGUGCAUUGGGAAGGGUACGUGCGCAAGAAGGGGGACUGGCUGCCGCGAUGGGAAGAACGCUACCUGGUCCUGGACGGCGCGUCGCUUACUUACUACAACUCGAAGGACGAGGCGCGGACAGGCACAAACCUCCGCGGUCGCAUGAUCAUCACCAAGGUGUUGCCUGAGAACUACGGCAAGGCGCAUGGAUUCCUCAUCGAAACGAUGGGCCACAAGCACUUUCACCUGUGCUGCACAACCGAACUGGAGAAGGACAUGUGGGUCGAGAUGAUGCAAGCAGCGAUCGACGAGGGCGUGCCGCACCCGCACCAGCUGCACUCGACGCCCCACCUCGAGCACAUGUCGUCGUCCACGUUCGACGUGAACGUCCAAGUGCAUUACUCCCCGACGCAAGUGGACCUGCGCAGCUUUUACAGCGCGUUCCGCAAGCUGCUCAUCUCGCACUCGUCGUCGCCGCAGUUCUUUCCCAAGCUCAGCCGCGACGUCGUCCUCACGUCCAACUACGCGCCGACAGUGCCGUUCUGGGGCGAGUACCACGGCUUGGACGGCGUCCUGCACUUCUUUUCCAUCUUGUACGAGACGGUCGAGUUUACAUCGUUCUUUGUUACGGACAUUGCUCAGGCGCAGGAAGGGUCCACGGCGGUCGUCGCCGGGCGCGAAACCAUGAAGAACAAGCACAACAACCGCAAGUUCACGCAGCAGUGGCAGCACACGAUCGAGUUUGCCCCCGACGGCCGCGUCAAGAGCCUCACGGUGACGGCGGACCCCGUCGCGGCGUCGGCCGUGUUUGGCUGCAACGCCACGUCCAGCUUGAGCCUCCCGAUUGCGUCUGUGAUUGGUAACACGAACCAAGACAACCCGGCGGGCACCGUGCUCGUACACGUACUGCGCGGCGAGCAGAUGGGCGGGCUUAUCGACUCGGACGACACCGCGACGUCGUCGGUGCCGCCGAGCUGCCGCCGCCGGCUCUUCCUCGGCAUGCGCUUGAUCGUUGAUGGAAAGACCAACGUGUAUGCGCCGCAGUCAUCCCAGAAAUGUGUGGCCAAGACGGACCUGUCGACGAUCGAGUCGUUCCCGGACCCGGUGUGGGCGUCCCAGCACACGCUGCCGUUCCAGGGGCUCAGUCGCGGCAAGCCGUGCUUCAUGCUGAUCGAAGCGUGGGGGUUUGCCGAGGACGGCGACGACAAGGAGGAGCUGAUUGGGGUCGCCAAGGUCAACCUGGCGCCGUUUCUGGCGCUGGCCAGCAGCAGCCGCAGCGUCCGCGAGAGUGUCGUGCACUCGGACAUUGCAAGGGGUGCCGUACCGCAGUGGUACACGCUGUUGAGUGCAAGUGAGACCAAGUUUUCGUGCGGCCGCGUCCAGUUGAGCAUCAGUUUCGAGUCGGAGAGUUUGAAUCCAGCCACGAUAGUCGAAGAAAGCGGCGCGACGAAUACGAAUACGGGGGGGGUCGAGGGGGACGGCGACCUGCUCGCGGCCGACGUGGCCAAGGUGGCGGCGGCGGCGGUGACGACCGUCCUGUCGAAAGAACGCUCGUACCGCGAUACCCGCCGUGACAACCACUCAUUCCGAGUCGGCAAUACAACGUUUGACAUUCCGAAACGAUAUCAAAUGAUCAAAGCCGUCGGACAAGGCGCGUACGGGUGUGUGAUUGCCGCCAGUGACACGGAGACGGGCCAGUCCCUUGCAAUCAAGAACGUGCCGAACGCGUUCAACGAUCUCGUGGACGCCAAACGCAUUUUGCGCGAGAUUCGGCUCAUGAUGCAUCUCAACCACCCGUACCUGGUGAAUCUGCUCGACCUGAUCCGCCCCACGUCGAUCCGAGACUUUAGCGACGUGUACAUUGUGACGGACCUGAUGGAAACGGACUUGCACCGGGUGAUCCACUCGAACCAGACCAUCACGGACGACCACCUGCAGUACUUUUUGUAUCAGAUGCUCGUGGCCAUCAAGUACGUGCAUUCGGCGCAGGUCCUCCACCGCGACCUGAAACCCAGCAACAUCCUUGUCAACUCGGACUGUGACGUCAAGCUGUGCGACUUUGGGCUCGCGCGGGGCGUCCAGGGCGUCGACUCGGGGCUCACCGAGUACGUCGUCACGCGAUGGUACCGUGCGCCCGAGCUGCUGCUGAGCUCCAAGUACGAUAAACCCGUGGAUGUGUGGGCGAUCGGGUGCAUUUUGGCCGAGAUGAUUGGGCGUCGGCCGCUGUUUCCAGGCCAGGACUACCUCCAUCAGCUCAAGAUCAUCAUGGACGUGGUGGGGUCGCCGGAAGAGUCGUCGCUCGACUUUAUCACCAACCCCAAGGCCAAGCGGUUCAUCCUCAAGCAGCCCAAGAAGCCCCGGCUGCCGCUCAACUCGAUCUACCCCCGCGCCACCGACUUGUGCCUGGACCUGCUUGACAAGAUGCUUGCAUUCGACCCGCGCACGAGAAUAACCAUCGACGACGCGCUCGAGCAUCCGUAUUUGGCCCAAGUCCGCGAUCGGUCGGUGGAAACGACCGCCGAAAAGCCGUUCGACUUUAGCUUUGAAGACUGCGACUUGACGCGUAAGAAGCUGCAGGAGCUCAUCUUUGAAGACGUGUGUCACUUUCACCCUGAGACGCUGGACGAACGCCCCGAAGCCGCCGUGUAAUCAAACAAAUAAAUACUAGUCGCGAACGUAUGUACAUACUAUUCUCUUGCGACGGGGUUGUUGCUUGUUAUUGGGGUCAGUUCACACCAUCGAUUAACGUGUCGGGGGCGGACGGACGGACGAGAAGGCCGACAUAGAGCUGAAUCAGAGUCAGGUGCGCGGGGUACCGACGCAGCGCUGCCAUGAGCAGAAUCUCCUCGCGGACUGGCUUGGCGGCGGCGUCCAUUGCAUACAUGGGCGGGCGGUUCACGACAGUCAGAAUGUCUUGGGGGGAGGCUUGGACGAGAGCUGGGACGUCGCACAUCAAGUUGGUGAAGAUGGACCUCCAGGAUGGGGACGGCAGCACUGGGAAAGCCUCAACGAUCACCCCAAAGCGAGCGCGGACUUGGAGUUUCCAUACGCUGGACGUCUCGAGGAGGCGGUGGAGGGCGUGGUUGGUCGUAGUGACGUGGCCCAGCGACGUUGAGUCCAUGAACUCGAACAUGACCUCGAGCACUUCUGAUGGUAGCUCGUAGAACGAUUUAACGGACAUGGAGGCGGCAGGACGUGCGAGGGGGGGGAAAUCGGACUAAAGGAAGGGAAAUGAGUCGGAGCUGCUCUCUGCCACGUAACUCUAGUACCAAUCUAGUUGAUA